CGUCCAUCUGCCUGCGAACAACUCGCCAAACAUCUCCACUACGCCGCCAUCACCGCCAUCCUCGUCCACUCCGCUCCUCCAUCACUGAUAAUCCUGUCCCGAUCAGCCAAUAAGUCCAAGCACACCGACUGCAGCUGAAGGCCCGCCACCGCAACUGUUUCCACCCGUGCGCCAGCACUUCACUACUCUCGCACACUCCCCACCAUGGACCGGUUGUCGCGCAUGCUCGCCGCUGCCCAGGGCAUGGGCGGCGGUGGCGGAGGUCCCGCCCAAGAUACUAACAUCAUCGACAAUGCGGAGACGGUCUACAUUUCAUCACUGGCGCUGCUCAAGAUGCUGCGACACGGGCGGGCAGGUGUUCCUAUGGAAGUCAUGGGCCUGAUGCUAGGAGAGUUCGUCGACGACUACACAGUACGCGUGGUGGAUGUCUUCGCCAUGCCGCAGUCAGGAACUGGCGUGUCGGUCGAGGCGGUCGAUCCCGUCUUCCAGACCAAGAUGAUGGACAUGUUGCGCCAGACGGGGAGACCUGAAACCGUCGUCGGUUGGUACCACUCACAUCCUGGCUUCGGCUGCUGGCUUUCGUCCGUCGAUAUCAACACACAGCAAUCCUUCGAACAACUCACGCCUCGCGCCGUCGCCGUUGUCAUCGACCCCAUUCAGUCCGUCAAAGGCAAAGUCGUCAUCGAUGCCUUCCGCCUCAUCAACCCACAAACCCUCAUGCUUGGGCAAGAGCCUCGCCAAACCACCUCCAACUUGGGUCACCUGAACAAACCCUCCAUUCAAGCCCUUAUCCACGGCUUGAACCGCCACUACUACAGCAUCGGCAUUGGCUAUCGCAAGACUGCCCUCGAAGAAGCCAUGCUCAUGAACCUGCACAAGACCGUCUGGACGGAAGCUCUCACCAUGCCCGAUUUCGCGGCGGAAGGCACACGCAACGAGGCGAAUCUGAAGAAAUUGGUUUCGCUUGCUGAAGGCUACGAAAAGCGUGUCAAGGAAGAGACGGAGUUGACUAAGGAUCAACUACGGACGCGGUACGUGGGUAAGGUGGAUCCGAAGAAGCACAUCGAGACAGUUGGGCAAGAGUUGAUUGAGGACAACAUUGUGUCGGUGAGUCGACAGAUGAUCGACAAGGAAGCCAGCGUGCCAAAUGCCACAGCAGAGGGCUUAGGCAGCGCGAGGCUGAAUGGUGCCAAGGGCGCAAAUGGCGCGAACGGGAGUGGUCAGGCGGACGGAGGCAUGGAAGUAGAUGAGGAUUUGUGAGAGCAUCGCGAAGAGAAUUCACGCUGUACUAUACGCAUAGCUCAGGCGCUUCGAGUCAUUGCAUGAGAAGAAGAGACUCUUCCUCUGCUCUGGGGAUACAGCUCCAGAUAGUUCUUCGACUGCCGUCGAAACGAGUAUGAAUUAACGUUACACGGCAAUCGAACACAGUGUUCACGCGCGAUGUUUGACAUGUCAAUAAUGAGAACGAGAGAAAGACCGCUGCGAGGAC